AUGGUGGCCUACACAGGAAGAUUGGGAUUCAAACAAUAUAUCCCUCUCAAACCGACCAAACGUGGGAUCAAAAUUUGGAUGAGGGCUGAUCCAAAUAACGGUCAAGUCUAUACUGGACGUGAAAACAAUGUGGUUGAGAAAGGACUUGGGGAGAGAAUCGUGCCUGAUUUGACAAGGGACAUUUGGGGAAAUUAUCACCAUGUUUAUUGUGAUAAUUAUUUUACAUCGGUACCGUUGUUCUCCGAGCUGCUGGAAAACAAAACAUAUGCCUGCGGAACAAUUCGUUCUAACAGACAGGGAAUUCCACCUGCUAUAGCAAAAGCAAAAUUAAAAAAGCAAGGGGAUCUUGUACAGCAACAGAAGGGAAAAAUGGUCUGUACAGCAUGGCAUGACAAAAGGACUGUCUGUCUCCUCACAACAAAUUCCAACCCGACAGAGAAUACCACAGUCCAAAGGAAAAAAAAGGACGGAAGUGUACAAGAAGUUCCCUGCCCUAGUGCCAUCAAAAUGUACACACAAAACAUGAAUGGAGUAGACAGGGCUGAUCAGCUGAGAUCCACCUACAAUAUUGGUAGGAAAGCAUCUAAAUGGUGGAAGUAUCUCUUUUGGUUUUUGGUUGAUAUUUCCAUCUGUUCUAGCUUCAUUCUGAUGAAGGAGUCGCCAAAUCACCAAGUGACAACGCGAACUGGACGCAGAAAAGAGCGCACACAACUUGAGUUCCGUCAGAAUUUAGCAAUUCAACUUCUAGGAGCGUACUGGGGAAAGAGGAAAAGGGAAUUGGUGGAAGACAAACACACCAGAGGACUUCUACAUUGGCCCGCUGACAUGCAAGCAAUGUUCUAA